GCCAGCACUGUGUGUGAAAAGGUGCUGUGGGGGAACAGACCCUGCGAACCUGGAGAAGCUGGAGGAGAGGCAAGGACCCCACUUGGUCUUAACAAGUGGAUUAAGACACAUGCCCGUCGAACGGUUCUACGGAGAGGAGGGUCCUGAGUGCAGUGUCCCGUCUCCAUGAAGCUGAUGUGACAGCAUCCAGGUGAAAGGGCCCCCCCCAGCCCUGUCCACGGGCAGGAUGACCAAAACCCGGCUCUUCCGCCUGUGGCUGGUCUUGGGCUCUGUCUUCAUGGUCUUCCUGAUCAUCGUGUACUGGGACAACGUGGGCACUGCCCACUUCUACCUGCACACUUCCUUCCCCAGGCCGCACCCCCUGGCGCCGCUGCUCACCCCCACGCACGGGGCGGAGAAGGAGUUCACAUCUGACGUGGACGCGUUUUUGCAGAAGCUGCUUGGUGGCAGCCUGAAGCAGAACGCCCCUUCGGGUAAAAGGACGGAGCAGCCCUCCGUGCCGACCUCCAACAGGCCCGUGCUGAGCAACGCAGAGGAGAGCGUGAGGGGCUACGACUGGUCCACCCGCGAUGCCCAGCAGGGCCCAGACCCGGGCGGGCAGCAGGCCGAGAGGCGGAGUGUGCUCAGGGGGCUCUGCGCCAAUGCCAGCUUCGUGUUCCCCACCAAGGAGCGCUCCUUCGACGACAUUCCCAACUACGAGCUCAACCACCUCAUCGUGGACGACCGCCACGGGGUCAUCUACUGCUACGUGCCCAAGGUGGCCUGCACCAACUGGAAGCGCGUGAUGAUCGUGCUGAGCGAGAGCCUCCUGGACCGUGGCGCUCCCUACCGCGACCCCCUGGACAUCCCCCGGGAGUACGUCCACAACUCCAGCACCCACCUAACUUUCAACAAAUUCUGGCGCCGCUACGGCAAGUUCUCCCGCCACCUGAUGAAGAUCAAGCUGAAGAAGUACACCAAGUUCCUGUUCGUGCGGGACCCCUUCGUGCGCCUCAUCUCAGCCUUCCGCAGCAAGUUCCAGCUGGAGAACGAGGAGUUCUACCGCAAGUUCGCGGUGCCCAUGCUCAAGAUGUAUGCCAACCGCAGCGGCCUGCCCACGUCCGUCAGCGAGGCCUUCAGCGCGGGCCUCAAGGUGUCCUUCGCCAACUUCAUCCAGUAUCUGCUGGACCCGCGCACCGAGAAGCUGGCACCCUUCAACGAGCACUGGAGGCAGGUGCACCGCCUCUGCCACCCCUGCCAGAUCGACUACGACUUUGUGGGGAAGCUGGAGACCCUGGACCAGGAUGCCGCCCAGCUCCUGCGGCUCCUCAAGGUGGACAAUCUCCUGCACUUCCCCCCGAGCUACCGGAACAGAACUGCUAGCAGCUGGGAGGAGGACUGGUUCGCCACCAUCCCCCUGGCCUGGAGGCAGCAGCUUUACAAACUCUACGAGGCCGACUUUGUCCUCUUUGGCUACCCCAAGCCCGAAAACCUACUUAGAGACUGAAGGCGUCGGGGGCAGUCCCGGACCUCAAAGCCAGCUGGGCGGGUGGGGCUUCUUCCAACCCGGACCAAGGGU